CGCAGGCUGAGAUCGGACGCUUAGUUCCCGUCUAGUGGUAGUACUGAGUGUAGCUCCCGCCUCCUUCUCGGAUCACCCCACCCCUCAUUGCCUUCAGGCCCGGCAUGGAGGCGCUGCUGCGCCGCCAGUUUGCCGGCACGCCACCCGGCGUCGCGUACUGCUUCAAGAAGGAGGGCGGCUGGCCCGCUUCGGUCUGGCAGCUGGACGGAGCGGCCGAGCUCUACUUUGGCUUUGUCUCGUUCCCGUCGGUGAGCGAUGCUCCCGCCUGGCUCUCUGACGGCGCGGGGGCGGCCGACCCGGCCAAGGCGCUGGAGGCGCUCGAGGCGGCGUGUGAUUGCGCCGAGCCGUGGGGCCCAAACGCCGAGGCGCGCGACAGCUGGUUCUGGACGCCCUACUCGCUGUGCGCCGGCAAGUGGACCCUCCAGCGACCCUCGGCUGCGCUCGCCGGCGACGCGGCGCAUCUCCUCUCCCCCGUCGGCGGCUUCGGGAUGAACGUGGGCGUCGGCGACGCGGCCUCGCUGGGCUGGCGGCUUGCUGCCAUCCUCAACGGCUGGCUCGCGCCGGACGCCGCCUUCUCGGGCUACGAGGCCGAGAGGCGCGAGGCGUGGGCGCGCUGCAACGACUAUGUUGUGUCCGAGCGGGCCCGGCUCAUGAGCAGCGGCUCGCGCGACGCCGGCGGACGCGGCGGCGCCUACGAAACCGCCCUCUUGGGCGCAUGCGUCGACGGCCGAGCAAGGGUGGGGCUCCGGCUUCCCAGCCUUCCCGGCGCGCUCCUCGAGGCCCGCGGCGUCACCCUCGUUGUUGUCGGCGACGACCUUGCCGCCGCAGUCGAGCCCGCCUUCCGCGCCGCCUGCGACCGCAUCGGCAUCCCUUGCCGCGCGUGCAGCGUCGACGGUGCCGAGGCAGCGGUCGCGGCCGCAUUUGGAGACCACCGCCUCGCCAUCUGCCGACCCGACGCCGUCGUGACACACCUCAGUGCCGCCAGCCUGCCAGAUGGGGUGGCAGAUGGAGGCUCGAGUGUCGCGGCCGAGGCGCUGCUCCUCAGUCGGCGCCCUUGACCGCGACGAAGCACCAUUGUGGUGUGGCGCCGCCUGAAGAGCUCACACAGCCUUGGGCUUGGCGAUGCGCCCACCGCCCAAGUUUGUGUGGUGUGAGUGGCUCGAGGAAAUCGUAGGGGUGGUGUGCCUGAAAAGCUCAACGUAGAGAG